AUGGUAAAAUUACUUGAAUUUACUCUUUCUCAACAUUUAUCAAGCAAUGGGUGCAUAGCGAAUAUUGCUCGACAAAGACCAGAUUAUAUAUGUCGAGUUGUACAAACAUUUGAAGCAUUACAAGUUAAUUUACCACCAACAUUGGUCAAUUCUCAAGUUACUAUUGUUCGAAAGAUAAUUAAAUUAAAAUUAUUAAGUCUUCUGAAACAUCCUACUUCAUUCAAUUUUCAACCACAAAUUACAACAUUAUUAACUGAUCUCGAUGCUACACAAGCUUAA